AUGGAAGAAGUGAAGAAGACAGAGCAAGAAUUGUCAGAGAAUGAACAAGACUUAACAGCUCAGAGAUUUCUGCGGCUGCUGAAGCAGCUUCAUACAGUGAUUCUUCAGAACUCUGUGCUUCUGCAGAGGCAGUUCCCUGACCACCCUCUAUGGUCAGAUGCUCUCUUCGUACGAGAGGAUUAUCAGAAGUAUACUCUUCAGAUUGUUCAGACUCUUGAGACAGCUGUGGAGCCUCAGAAGAUUCAGAUUCAGCGAGUAGUAUCUGUCAUUGCUGAUCAGCUGAAAAAUGUGCGACAGGAGAUGAUUCAGUCCAUUGAUAAGUGGGGUUAUGAGAAUCAACAGCUGCAGCAAAAAAUGGCUCAGCAGCUUGCUGAUAUAGUUGAUGAUCAAAUCAUUUUCUUCAUACAGGCAGUUCCUCAGAGCUCUGCUGCUCAGAAUUCAGUGAUGAAUCUGGCUGCCAUUCUCUCUACUUUCUCUCUGCCCUCCUCUUCUUCUACUCUUUCCAGAGACAUCGUACAGAGCCACACUUCUCACCUCUUCCCGGACAGGAAAUGGUUAUUCUCUUUCUCGUACAAUACAGUCAGUGCCUUAUCUGUGGCGGGAGUGGACCACUGGUCUGGGGGGUGGUCCAUCAGUGCAGAGCCUGGAGGAUCAGGGAGGCAGCUGGCGCAAGAGCUCCUCCAAGGAGCAGAUGAUGUUCUGCCGGUGAAAGAUCAUCAUCAAUGA